GCAGCAACUCCCCAAUAAAUACCCAACCCCAAAUGUCAGCAGUGUCAAACUGAGAAAACCUGAUUUAGCAUCUGACUCCUCGCACGGAAAAUAUUCUAAUAAACGCUAACUUAAUUUUUCCAGAAAUAGUCUGCUAGGUAGUUAUAACAACAAAUUGAAUCAUGUCGUCUUUUAUCAUUACUUUCCCCCCCGGGACAACUAGCUCACAUCAUAAAAUUAUCAUAGUUCUGAAAAAAUAACGGAAAAGUUCUGAAGCCCUGCAUUAUCCCGUAGGGGGCUGGUUACUGGUGGGAGUGGUGUUGAAUGACUGCUGGUUUUCUUGUAUACCACCUUCCUUUGAGCUUUUGACCUCUCGUGCACAUACGCGUGUAAGCCUAAUUAUUUUACAUCUAUAUUUUGUAAUGCUUUGUAUUUUAUCACAUAUAUUUUAUCAUAUGACUGUUUUAAAUUCUAGGCGGUCCUGAACGGCUCACCCAGAGCGUGUUGGAAAACAACUACUUAGGGCUUUAUGUUGCUGAUAGUACUGUGUCAUGAGAGCAGAAAUGAUGGUUUCAAAACAGUUUUCUGUAAAGAAUACCUCAUAAACAUUAAGUAGAAACACACCUAUAGGCACAAUGAAGUAUUCACAGUGGAGGUGACGGAUGGAGGGGCUUCCACUGAUUGUGUAGCGGAGGGGCCCGAGCCCCACCCCUGAGGGUGUCUGAUUUCACCAUUUGCUUGUGAUGAAUCUGAAAGCUGAGUAGACCUGGAAAAUGCAAACACCAUCAUUAAGAAGCAAAUUGUUGCUAGAGUAUCUCUUUCGUAUUUGACUGCCGGGAACAAACUGAGAAAAGAGUGAUACAAACAGAUGUCCCCCACGUUCCUACCUCACUGCCUUUCUUGUCAGCGUCGUGUCCCCCAAAGGGGUCCUAAUCUCAUUGAAGAAAAACAAAAAACUUGAAUAAUCCAAACUGUCCCCAAAUCUAUACCUACCUUCUUUUUUUUGUAGUAACUGAUUUUUUCUUCUCAAAAUGCUGGAGUCACAGCUCAUUAGCCAUCUUCUCUUGACAGUGAUUCAGCUUCUCCUUGGGCUUUUUGUAAAUGCCAUCAUUGUGGUUGUGCACGGCACGGGCUUGAUCAAGCACAGAAAGAUGAUUCCGUUGGAGGCCCUUGUUUCCUGCCUGGCGAUGUCCAGGAUCUGUCUAGAGCUGGCCAUCUUCUACCUUAAUCUGGCUGUUUUUAACUUGAUUGACAUCCGUCAGUUUGUCGGGAAGUUUGUGAUUCUCUCCUUUGUAAAUGAACUGGGGCUGUGGUUUGCCACAUGGCUCAGCGUCUUCUACUGCAUUAAGAUUGCCAGGAUCGCUCACCCUCUCUUCCUCUGGUUGAAGCUGAAGAUCUCCAAGCUGGUUCCUUGGCUGAUUCUGGGGUCCCUCCUACAUGCAUCUAGCACCUGUGUCUUCCACAGCAAACAGCCAUGGAUCUUUUCCGAAGACCUCCUGGGCUUUUCCUCUCAAAAUGCAACAGCUGAAAGCGAAGACAUCGCUACUUUGCGGUUCGCCCUUCUCUUCGCUGAGCUCUCCUUGCCGUCACUCAUCUUCCUCAUUUCUGCCCUGCUCCUGCUGGUCUCCCUGGGGAGACACACCUGGCAGAUGAGAAACACAGCCGCAGGCCCUUGCCCCCGUGUGCACAUCAGGUCCCUCCUGUCCAUCUUCGCCUUCCUGGUCCUCUACCUCUGCCACUACCUGACGGUUCUUUUGCUCUUUUCUCAAGUUUUCAAACUUACAAGCCUCAGAUUUCUGUUCUGCAUCUCGCUGGUUGGUUCCUGCCACUCCGGACACUCUAUUAUCUUAAUUUUAGGAAAUCCUAAACUGAAACAAAAUGUGGAGAAGUUGCUCCUCCAUAGAAAGUGCUGUCAGUGAGAGAGAACUUUGAUCCCUUCAAAGAAUUGGCCAUUCAGUGAGGUAAGAGUGCCUGCCGCGCCUCCCCCAGCCAAACAAAGAGGCCUGUCCAUAAAUACACAGAACGUCAGCUAAAGACUGUUUGUCCAAACUGAGACAUUUUUGUGGAUUGGUUCCUUUGUCAAAGGGUUACAAUGAUUUUCAAAGCAUAACACAUGUGGGUGGAUGACAUCAGUGUCAGUUUUCUCGCUGUGACAUUAUUCCAUCUUCUUGCAAGAUGUCACCUAGUUGGGGAAGGCUGGGUAAGUGGUGGGGGGACCUUUCCAUAUUGUUUCUUCCAACAGCAUGUGAAUCUACAAGUAUCUCCAAAUAAAAAGUUCAAAGGAAAAUGAAAGCACAUGUUUGAACGUGUGGUGUCAGAAGGUGGCACGGAUGUCGCAGAGACGCCGUGUUUCUGAUGUCCUGUCUUAGAGGACUCAUCCUGACUGAGAUGGCCGCCUGCUCAUUUCU